AUGAUUUGUUGGUGUUUGUGUCUCUUUGUUUCUGCUGCAGAUGUUCAGACAUCUGAUGAACAUAACUGCACUUAUCUGGAUGUUUUACAGCACUUGAACUUGACCAAAAACAAAGAGAAGUUCACCAUGAUCCGGCCUGUUAAAAACUACAAAGAGCCAGUAACAGUAACACUGGAUGUGCUACUCUAUGCUAUGCUAGACGUGAGAGAGAAGGACCAGCAAGUGAUUCCUUACGUUUGGAUUGAUAUGUGGUGGAAAAAUGAAUUCCUUUCUUGGGAUCCUAAUGAUUUCUGCAACAUUACCAAUAUGUCUCUCCCCACUGAACUGUUGUGGAAGCCGGAUAUAACUAUUGAAGAGAUGACAGAGAAGGACAGACCCCCUCCAAAUCCGUUUCUCAUCAUUCACAGUGAUGGUGAAAUUGAAAUAACGGACGACCAGGUGUUGGUCAGCGCCUGCAGGAUGCGUGUUUACAAAUUCCCCUUCGACAUUCAGACCUGCAACCUCUCUUUCAAGUCUGUCGUACACUCUGACAGGGAAAUAGUGCUCAAUGAGCAUUUAAACUCUUCAGAGAUUGUCGAGGGGACUCUCAAGUUGAUGCACAACCAGUACGAGUGGCUGUUCGUCAACAUGACGGUUCACAGAAAAAACAUCAAUGUCUUUGACUUCCACCAAAGUGUGAUCAUUUACACGAUCUCCAUCAAGAGGAGAGCUGGCCUCUACAUCAUCAACUUCAUGCUGCCCAUCCUGUUCUUUGUGGGUCUGGACUUGGCCUCCUUCAUGAUCUCAGACAGCAGUGGUGAGAAGCUCAGCUUCAAGGUCACUGUGCUGCUCGCCGUCACUGUGAUGCAGCUUAUUCUGAACGAUAUACUGCCUUCUUCUUCAAACAGGAUUCCACUCAUAGCAUCCUACUGUAUUGGGAUUUUUGGUUUGAUGAUGCUCAGCCUCCUGGAGACGGUUUUGGUGAUGUUUCUGUUGCACAAAGACACGAAAGAAUUGGCAGAAAAAGAACAAAGCAUGAUUGAAGACUUUGGGUAUAAAGAGAGCGAUGUCAGCAUAAAAAAUUACUACACAGGUGUCUGUGAUGUUUCUCCAGGUCAAACACCAUCUGAAGUGCUGCCGGUGGUCAAAGAGGAAAGCAGCAGCCAGCUGAUGGAGGAGUCCCAUGAUGUUGAAAAACUGUUAUAUGAGCUGAGGGAGUUGGUGAAAAUGCUUCUGAACAGCAGGAUGGAAGAAGCAAGGCCUGCUGGCUACUGGAAGGGAGUUUGUAAUAAACUCAACAAAGGGUUCUUCAUCUUCUAUAUCAUCGCUUUAGCUCUGUUUUUAGUCUACAUGUUUUACAGGUGGAAUGCAGAAUAA